AUGCCGUCGAAUUGGUUCUUAGAAUUUAAAACUAAAAUUAAACGCAUCAAUUUAUUUAAAGAUAUUGAUAAAACAAAUGAAGAAGAUAUCAAAAAUCAAAAAAUAUCAACAAUUAUCUUUCUUAUUCUGUUUAUAAUAUCAAUUGUUGCACUCUUUCUCUAUUCAUCCUUAACUUCUAUAACAAAAACGGUAGUUGUUGAACAGCCUUCUUUAUCCGAUUAUCAACAAUUAGAAGAAAAAUAUUCAAAUACAUUAUUAUGUCCAUGUACAAGUGUUUCUAAUCAAUACAACAAAUUCAUAUCAUCAUUUACACCGACUUUCAAUCAAAUCUGCUCAAGUGAUUUUGUUAGUGAUGAAUGGCUCAAUUAUGUUAAUUAUCGUUUAUUUUUUGAAACACAAUAUCAUUUCUAUUGGGAUUUUCGUCAUACAGCUUAUGGAUUUUUUGCUAUGUUACGUACACUUUGUGCAUUAGCUAAACAAACAAUUAAUGAUCAAUUAAUUUCAUUCUAUUCUACAGUUUUACUUACAGAUAAUGCCAUCUCACAAGAUAUAUUUUUAGCUAAUAUAAAUGCGACUCGUGAUCAAUUUAUAGCUACAAGUGCAAAUGAUUUUAUAAUUACACUUGACUCAGUUAUAUUAAUGGCAUCAGCUAAUGUUAAUGUGAACAAUCGAUUAGGAACAUUUUGGAGAUUCUCUAUGCUUUUUGCCCCAUACAAUCAGGUUUUCUUAACAUGGGCAUCUGAACCAUAUCCAAAUAAUGGAGAUUGUUCACAUCAAACCACUUUAUACUGUAUUACAACAACAGGUAUUUACUUAAGAAAACUUCCCAAUGAGACAUCAUCUAAUUUAACCUGGGCACACUAUCGAGCUGAAUUACAAUUUGAAGUUCCAGGUGUACUUGUAGAUAGUCUCAUACUCUAUGCUGUUCUUCAAUCAAAUCUUUCAUGUUUAUAUAAUGAAAGUUGUUUAUCGAAACUAAACACAUAUUUAAAUGAUUCACUUUCUCCAUUCAAUGCAACACCUUUAGCAGUGCCUUCUUCUGCUGCAUCUCUUCCAACUAUUAAUGAUUUAGCUAAAAAAUUAAUAGUGGAUUCUUGGCAAUUAAAUUCAUCUUAUCAACAUUAUUUCAAUGCGUGCAAUCCAUUAACUUGCACAUAUACUUAUACUCAUCAGUUUGAUAUUCUUUUUAUUAUUACGACUGUUAUUUCAUUUAUUGGUGGAAUUGUAACACUUCUUAUGAUCGUAAUAUUACCGACAGUCAAAUUCUUAAGAAAAAAAGUUAAAACUUUCAACCGAUUGUUAUUAUCAUCAUCAUCAUCAUCAUUACCAUCAGAAGUUGUACCAUAUGAAACUAAUAUUGAACGGCAAGCUGUUGGUGUUACCACUGAGCAACAAACUUCAUUAUUUGUUAAAAUAAAAAUGUUUUUGCUCAAUCUUAACUUUUUCUCAAAUCCAGAUAAAAAUAGUGAAUGGUACUUACAUAGUCAACGUCUUUCAACUCGAUUCUUCAUCAUUUCAAUAAUUACUGCAUUUUUGAUACUUAUUCUCUAUGCAUCCACAUAUUCUGUUACCAAAACGAUCACCAUUAACCAACCUUCGAUCGAUGUUUAUUCCACUCUUCAAGGUAAAUAUUCUCAAACAUUGACUUGCCCAUGUUCAUCAACUACAAAUGAACAGUCUCAAUUCAUAUCAUUUCAACCUACAUUGCAUCCAGUUUGUCAUUCGGAUUUUAUUACACAUAACUGGACUAACUUUUUAACAACAAAGGACGGUAUUAUCUUACAUCCCAACGAUUUUCGUUACGUUAUUCAACAAUUCUUUCCAGUUGUUUCUCUUUUUUGUGAACUAUCACUGAAAACAAUCAACAAUGAAAUAAUCAUAUUCAAUUCAACAAAAUAUAUUACAAAAUCUGUACAAGAAAUAGAUCUAUUUAAUUCUCAAACACAACAGCUCAUCAGUAAUAUGAAACAAACAACAGCAAAUUCAUUUCAACUUUCAAUCUCAAUGUUACGUCAAACAGUUUGGGGAAAUGCAUUGUUUUCCACUCUAGGCUACGCGUAUGUACCUGAUCCAACGAUCAAUUACGAUAAUAACUCAAUAAUAAAUCCUAAUAAUUUAAAUGUUAUAUUUUACCCAAAUUAUUAUCAACCUAGCAAUGCUACAAGUUGUUCGUGCAAAAUCCAACCAACUACGUGUAAUGUAUUAUCUGAUAUCAGUUAUUGGAACUACACGGUUCCUAGUUCGCCGAUAUACAAUCUAUUUACUGUUCCUGGUUAUUAUACUGGUUGUUAUGCGAGUGAAUCAAUAUUUCGUUCUAAUUUUGAAUGUUUUUUUGAUCAAACAUGUUUACAAACAAUCUAUAACUUAACAUAUUCAAUAUCAGCAUAUCCAUUUAGUGCAACUGCUAUGCAAUCAAAUAGCAGUCGUUAUAAAGUAACAACAACUGUACAAGAUAUUAUUGAUAAUUUAAUGAUUGAAGAAUGGAAUAAUGAAACAUCAUUUCAAUUUUAUUAUAAACAAUGCAAUCCAUAUUUAUGCUCAUAUUCAUAUGAUAUUAAAGGAGAUAUUAGUUAUGUAUUUGCAAUCACAUUUGGUUUAAUUGGUGGAUUAACAACUAUUUUAAAAACAAUUAUACCAUCUAUUGUCUUAAUGAUUAGACGAUGGCGACAAAAAAGAAAAAUUGGUACCGAUCAAUCAAUAAUUAAUCAAGGUAUACCAACAAGAACAAUAGGACAGAAAUUAAAAAUAAGUACUUUAACAUUUAAUUUAUUUAAAAACCGAAACAAGAGAUCUGAAGAACAAUUACAACAACAACGUUUUUCAACACGUUUUUUUCUCAUAAUUACUCUAAUGACUUUACUUAUUUUAGUAUUUUAUGUUUCUUUUGAAAAUGUUACAUAUACAAUUAUUAAGAAUAAUCCAUCAAUUAUUGAAUUUAACAAACUUUAUCAAGAAUAUCCAAAUACUCUUCAAUGUCCAUGUCAAACAUAUUCAAUUACAUACGAACAAUUUAUUAGUUUUCAACGUCAUUUACAUUCAAUUUGUUCAAGUACAUUCGCCGAUGAAACUUCACAAUGGCUUAUAAUUGAUUAUCCACAAACAAUGCCAAAAAAUAUCUAUGGACAACCAGAGUAUUCUACUAGAAAAGAUGAUUUUCGACAAAUUGGAAGUCCAUUUUUUCAACUUUUAAAUUCAUUUUGUAAUUUAUCAUCUAAAGCAAUUAACACAGAAUUAACAAAAUUUUAUUCAAAUAGAUUUAUUACAUUAAAUUUAAUUACAUUUGAACAAUUUCAAACUCAAACCAAUCAAUUAAUUAAUCAAUUUUUACAAAAUACUGCUCGUUCAUUUAUUAAUUCACUCUUUUUUGUAGAAAAUAUGACUGCAGCAAAUAUGUUAUUUUCUGCAUUUCAAUCAGAUUCGUUGUAUUCAGCAGCAUCUCCAUUAUAUGAGUAUAAUGACCUCAGUUUUGUAGAUUAUCAAUAUGAUUAUGAUCGAACAGAUCAACUAUAUAAUUCGAAUGAAACUGGAAUUAAUUGUGAUUGUCAAAGUACACCAUGGUGUAUUCAACAAGCAAUUGUUUAUGAUUUAGAUACAACAACACAACUGUUUUCUCCACCAGGUAUAUUUGUCGGAUGUUAUCUUGUUGAAGCAGUUUUACAAAGUGAUUUAAGAUGUUUCUUCGAUAUUGAUUGUUUACAACAGUUGAUCAAUAGUUUAUCUUUAGUAAAUAUCAAUGCAUCGGAUAUUAUUUUAAAUUCAAUAGCAAGUCGUUAUCAAGAAAAAAGUUCUUUAUUAGAAAUUGUUUCAAAUUUAAUGGUUGAAGAAUGGAAUAAUCAAACGUCUUAUGAUAAUUAUUUUAAUAUAUGUCAACCAUCAGUGUGUACAGCAACAUAUAUUGGCUAUGGAAAUAUUGUUUAUAUUAUAACAACAAUUAUAGGAUUGAUUGGAGGACUAACAAAAGUCUAUAGAUUUAUUGUACCAAUAUUCUUAAGGAUUAUUGUACGUGUAAUCAUUCCGUUUAUACGAAAAAAACGUGGUAUGAACAACAAUGGAGAGAUAUUAGGGAAUGGCUGGUGA